AUGGAUUCGAAUUCUCCCCCAGUUUUUGAUGGAGAAAACUACCAGAUGUGGGCUGUGAAGAUGAAGGCAUACAUGAAGGGUGCAGAUCUGUGGGAAGUCAUCGAAGAAGACUACGAGGUGACUCCUUUAGGAGGGUUAACAGAUUUAGAGUUUCUGAAACAGAAGUUUCUAGUUGAAUUUGAGGGCUCACUCACCCACACCGAAGUGCCACUGAUCCUUGUCUCGGGUCAAACAAGAAUCUCCUCAGCCAUGGCUACUGUUCCCGCUUCCAUUCUCAUACUCGGUUCGCUCUUCUUGCCGGAGACUCCCAACAGCAUCAUCCAGAGAACCGGCGAUGUUUGCCACGCCGAGCUCGUGCUCCGCCGUGUUUGGGGAACCCCCGAUGUCGGAGACGAGCCCUCCGAUCUCGUCAGAGCUGGCUCUGAGAUCAAGACUGAUUACGCAGACAACCCGUUUGUGAAAAUGCUUCAGAGGAAGUACCGUCCUCAGCUUGUCAUGGCUUUAGCUAUACCCUUCUUCCAACAAGUCACCGGCAUCAACAUGAUCGCUUUCUAUGCUCCGAUUCUUUUCAGAACCAUCGGAUUCAGCGAGAGCGCGUCCCUGAGGUCGGUCGUGGUGACGGGAAUCGUGGGCAUGGCUUCGAUGUUCGUAUCGAUGCUCGUGGUGGAUAGAUUGGGCCCGAAAACUUUGUUCCUGGUCGGCGGGAUACAAAUGCUUGUGUCGCAAGUAAUGGUCGGAAUCAUCAUGAUAGCCGAGCUGCGUGGCCAGGGCUACGCCUAUGUUGUGCUUGUUCUAAUAUGCGUGUACGUGGCGGGUUUCGGGUGGUCAUGGGGUCCGCUCGGGUGGCUCGUCCCGAGCGAGAUCUUCCCGUUGGAGAUCAGAUCGGCGGCGCAGAGCGUGACGGUGGCGGUGAGCUUUGUGUUCACAUUCGUGGUGGCUCAGAGCUUCUUGGCGAUGCUUUGCCGGUCCGAGGCUGGGAUUUUCUUCUUUUAUGGAGGGUGGGUGGUGGUGAUGACGGCAGCCAUGCAGAUGUUUCUACCGGAGACCAAGAAUGUUCCGAUGGAGAAAGUCGCCGGAGUUUGGGAACAUCAUUGGUUUUGGAAGAGGUUUGUUAGGGCAAACGAUGAGAAAGCGUGA